UGCUUAUACUUGAUUUAGGAACUGGUUAGUGGAUGAUAACUAUGGUGAUAAAGAAUGAAGAUGCUUGAUCGGUGUAGUCGAUUAUUCCGGGUUGUUCUUGGGGGUGCUUUCACAUAGGCACUAACGAUUUUCAUGGUGUUGGAGAAAAAAUUGUUUGGGGUUCUCUUAUGUCCACAGUUUGUAACCAUGUGUUUUACCUGUGUUGUUUUAUUCAGACCUUCUACUGCAGGCAUGGGAAAGCAUAUCUCUUCAGUAAAGUAGUAAACGUUUCUUCUGGAGAAGAGGAAGAUAGAAUGAUGAUGACGGGGUUGCACACCGUUGCGGACAUCUUCUGUGUUGGAUGUGGAUCAAUUGUGGGGUGGAAAUAUGAAUUUGCCCAUGAGAAGAACCAGAAAUACAAGGAAGGAAAAUUCGUCCUUGAGCGGUUUAAGGUGUCCGGUCCGGACGGAAGCAAUUACUGGGUCAGCCAUGGUAGACACGUUGGUGGGAGUGAUGCAGAUGAUGUUUGAUUAACAAGCGAAAUAUGUUCAAAUUUGAAACUGUACAUUCAUUAUCCCCUAAAAUCUCAUUAAACUCUCAUGUGAAUCCUUAAAAACCAGACAUACUUGAGCAGCUUGUUCGACUUGCUGUGGAAAAAAAUAACCAAACACGAGUGGAAAACAUUGAAUUGUUUUAGCUAAUAUUGAAACCUGACCAGAAAUAUUAUGUUACAAAUUGAUAUUUCAGAUGUUUAUAUUGGUGAACUUCAUAGCACGAUUUCUGCUAUUACAAUU